AAUAACAUUAAUCAUGAGCCAUAAAUAGAAGUAUAAUUUAAUGGUGACAAAUAUAGUAAGAAAAAUUUAAAAUCAAAGAUAUCAAGAGCAAAAGAAGAAAGUAAAAUUAUGGCAAGUGUUGAGCAGGAAGCAAGAAGGUCUGGAGUAUUAGGGGGUAGUAAUCGAAUUGCAGCCGUUGAUGUUUCUCCAAAUAAUAAUAAUGUGGUUGAUGUUGUUGUUGAUGAUAUUGGUCCGCCUUCUUUUGCACCUAGCAAACGUUUUCAGGAUACUGCUACCAAACAGGAAGCUGGAUGGAAAAAGUUUCUAUCUUUUAUAGGCCCUGGUUUCCUUGUUUCCUUGGCCUAUCUUGAUCCUGGCAAUUUGGAAACUGACUUACAAGCAGGAGCUGAUCACAGAUAUGAGCUUUUAUGGGUAAUUCUUAUUGGGCUAAUCUUUGCAUUGAUAAUUCAAUCUCUGGCUGCAAAUCUAGGAGUAUCAACUGGUAAACAUUUAUCAGAGCAUUGCAAAGCAGAAUACCCAAUAAUAGUGAAGUAUUGCUUAUGGGUGCUAGCAGAAGUAGCAGUAAUAGCAGCUGAUAUACCUGAAGUUAUAGGAACUGCCUUUGCUUUGAAUAUUCUUUUUCAUAUUCCUGUUUGGGCUGGUGUUCUUCUUACUGGUUUAAGUACUCUCCUCCUCCUUGGACUUCAGAAAUAUGGGAUAAGGAAGCUGGAAAUGCUGAUAGCAGUAUUAGUACUUAUAAUGGGUGCUUGUUUCUUUGGAGAAAUGAGUUAUGUGAAACCACCAUUAAACGACGUUCUUAAGGGUAUGUUUAUUCCUAAGCUUGGAGGACAGGGCGCCACUGGUGAUGCCAUUGCUCUUCUUGGUGCUCUUGUUAUGCCACACAAUCUGUUUCUGCACUCAGCUCUUGUACUAUCCAGAAAAGUAACCAAGUCCACAAAAGGAAUUAAUGAAGCAUGUAAAUAUUUCUUGUUAGAGAGUGGUUUUGCUUUGUUCAUAGCAUUUUGGAUAAAUGUAGCAAUAAUAUCAGUGUCAGGCACAGUUUGUUCAAGCAAUAAUCUAACAAAAGAAGAGGCAAAUCAAUGCAGUGAUUUAACACUUAAUAAUGCUUCUCUUCUUCUUCAAAAUGUAUUGGGCAGAAAAACUGCCUCUAUUUUUUAUGGUAUUGCACUUUUGGCUUCUGGUCAAAGUUCUACCAUCACCGGGACUUAUGCUGGUCAAUACAUCAUGCAGGGAUUUUUAGACCUUAAAAUGAAAUCAUGGCUAAGGAACUUAAUGACACGUUUGGUUGCUAUCACACCCAGCUUAAUUGUUUCUAUUAUUGGGGGAUCAGCCGCAGCUGGAAAGCUCAUUAUUAUUGCCUCCAUGAUAUUAUCAUUUGAGCUUCCAUUUGCAUUAAUUCCACUCCUCAAGUUUAGUAGUUCUUCCACAAAGAUGGGACCUCACAAGAAUUCCAUGAUUAUAAUCGUGAUCUCAUGGAUUUUAGGACUUGGAAUAAUCGGAAUUAACAUAUAUUACCUAAGCACAGCCUUUGUUGGGUGGCUCGUACACAAUAAUUUGCCUAAAAUAGGCAAUGUGUUCAUCGGAAUCGUGGUGUUUCCAUUAAUGGCAAUAUAUAUUUUAUCGGUUAUUUAUUUAAUGCUUAGAAAAGAUAGGGUUGUUACAUACAUUGACCCUACAAAUGCUAUAAUCAGCAAGGAUUCUAGUCUUCAAGAAAUUACGUUGCCAUAAUACCCAAUAAGCAUAUGGUUUUGUAUUGUAAAAUUCUACUCCCAUUCAUGAGGUUUAAAUUAUGAUGUCAUGUAUCGCUUAUUUUGAAAUGUGAAACAAGUUAUGUAUUACAAUUCA